AUGACAUCUAUCUACCAAGGAACCAACACUGCCAACGGCGCCAACAACAGCAACAGCAGCAACAACAACAUGAAGCCUGCUUUUGUUUCCCGUGGACUUGUUCAGCAACGCAUGGACAAAUUGGAAGAAGUGUGUGCUGCCCAACGUGGCCUCAAGAUUGUCAAAAAGUCCAAGUGGCAGGUGGGUGGUUCGGGUUACGGAUCUGGUGUGUACUACAAGAAGAAGACGGAAAUGCGCUUUGAAGAUGCCAAUGGCAACAAGGUCCCCAUUGUCAAGAACUUUGGCAACAACUAUGCCAAGUGA